AUGAGCGACACUCCACCUGAAAUUCUUCAAGAAAUUUUUCAGAAACUUGUCGGGAGAACCGACGACCUUUACUCUUUGUUGUUUGUAAAUCGUCACUGGUGCGCAAACGUUAUUGUGACAUUAUGGCGAAAUCCAUUCUACCAAGCCAAAUAUCAAAGAAAGGUAAUUGAUACCUAUCUUUUGUGUUUGCCGAAGAAAUCGUUACGACGACUUGGUUUGGAGCAUAUCAUAAGAGAUCAAAAUCCGCUGUUUAAUUAUCCGGCGUAUUUGAAGUCAUUUUCGAUUAAGGAUAUUUUUUUCGCAGUCGAAGAUUGGCAUGUUUCUGCAUAUUCGAGAAUUUGGCAAAAAUCAGAUAAUGUACAAAGUACUCUGGAUCUUUGGGUUCAUGAAUAUCAAAUAGUGACAGAGAUAUGCAAUCUUAUAUCAAACGGAUCCACUGCACUUGAAUCUUUUUCAAUUGACACUCUAGAUUUAGAAAUCGCAGAAAUAAUAUCUGGAUAUGAUCUCGAGUUAUGGAAAGGGAUUGAAAAACGCCAUCACAUAACUUUCGAAUCAAUUUCAUUCAAUAAAAUCAUUUAUCCACGCGAAUCCGAUACCGAAAACUUGACCAUAAUACAAGACAUAAUCAUGUCAUUACUAAACAACUCCAAAAAUUUAUUGAAAAAAAUACGAAAAUUCGAGUGUGGAGGAAGUUUAUUAUUGGAAGCACCAAACUUGCUGGAAAUAAUUUCAAAUGUUGCCACGAAUAUCGAAACUUUCAUCGUGAGUGCCCCGAAUGAAGACGAGCAUUUAGAACCGGUGGAAGAGGAUAUUAUUCAAUUUAUUCAAGUGCAAAAUCGUUUGCGGAAACUUGAGUUUCGCGAAUGGUGUUUUGAAACUUGUGAUGUGGCAGAGAGCUUAUCGAUGCGACAUGCAACACUAAGAGAAUUAGAGUUUCACGAGUGUACAUUUUUUAGAAAUGACACAUUAAAAGGGUUACAAUUGUGUACUGGGCUAGAAAGUUUGAAAUUCAUUGACGUUGCCGGCGUGACAUCAAAUGUAUUGGAUACAAUAUCGAACACAAUAUUUCCAAACCUCAAACAUUUGACAUUCAGUCAACAUUACACAUGUAUUGAUGAGGAUGAAGAAUACCCAUCAGUGCAACUCGCAGAUAUUAUAGAAAACAAUUCCAAAUCUUUACAAUCACUUUGCCUAGCACAAAUACAAUUUAAGUGGUACACCGAGGUACUACCAAUGCUCGCACGAUGCAAAAAUCUACGAAAACUACAACUACAAAUUGAGGAAUACGAAGAAUUUCUUGUCUUCUAUGAUGUAUUGAAAGCAUGUCAGAAUUUACGCAGUCUCGAGUUACUCGGCGAAUGUUUACCCAGAGAACAACAGUGGCCUCUUAGGGACGGCAAUAAUAAAGUGUUCGUGGAGAUGGCACGAUACGUUCCAUCCAAUUUGGAAUAUUUGCUCAUUUCUUUGAGUUUUGUUUAUUCGCCUACGGAACUUGCAACGUUUCUAGAAUACUUAAAGCAUAUACCGCGACGUAUUAUUCUUGAAGUAGAGGAGAAAUUCGCGCCGUGGUAUCUUCAAACAAUGAUUAAGUGUGCGGAUAAUGUUGGUCGAAAAGUGGUGGAUAGUCGGAUUGAGGAGAGUCCUAGGUCAGCAAAACUCGAAAGGGUCUCUGUAAAGCUAGAUAACAGAAAUUAA